CUUUUGUUCCUCACUGCCUUCCUUGUGUUCAUUUGUCCCGGCUCUUUUAUAACAACAUCCCACCACAGCAUGGCCCCUAAAAAGCCAGAUCCUAAGAAAGAGGCUGCCAAACCUGCUGCAGCUCCAGCACCAGCACCAGCUCCAGAACCACCUAAGGAACCGGCCUUUGAUCCCAAGAGUGUGACUAUUGAAUUUAGUUCAGACCAGAUUGAAGAGUUCAAGGAGGCCUUUAUGCUGUUUGAUAGGACUCCAACUGGAGAAAUGAAAAUUACAUACAGUCAGUGUGGUGACGUCAUGCGAGCCCUGGGACAGAACCCAACCAAUGCAGAGGUCUUGAAGGUGCUGGGGAAACCAAAACCAGAAGAAAUGAAUGCAAAGAUGCUGGAUUUCGAAACGUUCCUCCCAAUGUUGCAGCACAUUGCCCGAUCUAAGGACCAAGGGACCUUUGAGGACUUUGUGGAAGGGCUGCGCGUCUUUGACAAGGAAGGAAAUGGCACCGUCAUGGGAGCUGAACUGCGCCACGUACUUGCGACUUUAGGGGAAAAAAUGACAGAAGCUGAAGUAGAACAACUAAUGGCUGGGCAGGAAGAUGCCAAUGGGUGUAUCAAUUAUGAAGCUUUUGUCAAGCAUAUCAUGUCUGGUUGAAGAUGGGAGUCCUUAAAAGUACUUCAGAGGGGGAGAAAUUCCAUCCAUCAAGAAUUUCUUGCCUCACGUCACUUCCACCUCUAUAUUCUCCAGGAGAUGCAUACGUCAAACGCCGUGUAAGAGGGACUCUUCAUUACUACAGUGUAACAGCUUCUGUAUAUAAAAGAAUGCAUCCUCCUGUUUUAGAAUCCUAAUUUAUUGUUUUAUUUCUUCUUUCCACCUGCUGCCUUUGGUUCAUUCAAAUUAAAACAUGUGUGCAUCUGCACACGGGUUCACAGAC